CAACAACAACAACAACAACAAUUUAUUUGGCACCGUAUACUAAAGCCGCUAAGCGUAAUAUUGCUUCUAGUGCUGGUAUAUGAACGAUAUCACCUUGGGAAAGUUCUAGAAUCCAAGUGACAAAGAUGUUCAACAUCACAAACUCAACCAAGAAUUCCAGCGUCCUUUAUGUCGUCACAGGCGCAAUCAAACAGUACGUCGAGCCUGAGGGAUCAAAAUACUUUCGUUGGUUCUGCUUCACGGUUUUUAGUUUGGCCGCAGUUAUUGGGAACUCAAUUGUUAUACAUUCUAUUUUAUCGAUUAGAGUGCGAAGACCUCUAGCCUACAAGCUGGUGACAAACGUGGCGGUGGCGGAACUGCUGGGAGUGAUAUUUCUGCCGCUGAUUUUCAUUUACGACGAAGUGUACUCAUGGCCUUUUGAGAGUCUUUUGUGCCAUCUUGCGAGUCCCAUACAGAUUUCCUCUUGUCUGGUCAUCACAUGGUCUCUUGCUUUCAUUUCUCUGCAUCGGUUUCGCAUGUUAAAGAACAGACGGUUGCGAGGCAUGAAUGAAUUGAGAUACCAGUUCGGUAUUGGAAGUCUGUGGGCUUCAGCCGUCAUCAUCUCCUUCCCGUCAUUCCUGUACUCUACCGUGGUGAAAAAUCCCUACGAUGGAAUUCAUUCUUGGUGUGUCGUGCUGUUUCCAGGAGACACCUUAAACACGUUCCCGUCCCCAGUCUACAGGAGGUACCUCAUGGUCCGUUUUGUCAUCAACUUCCUGGUCCCAAUACUGAUAAUGGUCCUCGCAUAUGGUGCCAUGGGAAUCAAGCUCAAAUGCCACAUGGCUAAGAAACGUUUGAGAAACAGAGGGCUGCCAUCCAUCGAAGUCACAACUGACGAAGGCUAUUGUCUUAAAGAAUCGAAAUCUGGCUCUUCAACUCAAGGGGAAGARAAAGAAAUGAGCUGGUCACGAACUCUAAGCCCGGACAGCCUCACUCAAAGCGAACGGAACAAAAAACUCCAGAUAAAACUAGAGAGGGAUCUGUUGAGAAUGAUCUAUGCGAUCAUUUUGGUAUUCGUUGUUUGUUAUUUUCCCUACCAAGUGCUGUUUCUUCUGGAGUACUUUGACGUAGUAACCUACAAGAACUGGAGGUAUUUUCACAUUACCAGAAAGUAUGUUUUUCUGAAUACCUGUCUACAGAGCGUGUUGCAUCCCCUGUGCUAUGGAACUAUGAGUAAGUUCUUUGCUAAAGCCUUUUCUGGGAUUGUGUUGUGUAGAUGGGUCCGCAGAGGAAAAGCGGGUCUCUAUGCCAAGCCUUGAGUCGCCUAGACAACAAGAGGAAUCAUAGCGAGUCCUAAAUGCUUCAAACGUAUGUUAGUAUUGGGAUAUCUUUGAAUACGGAUUUCCCUUUGUGGAUUGGCCUUCCCUCCACACGUAUCCGGUGAAAACGCCACUUGAACUAAACGCGAACGUCGCGUCGCAUCAAACACGGAUACGUGUGGGCGGGCGAAAGCGACGAGAAUUUUUUGAAAACAGGAUAAAGGAAAUCCGUUUUCAAAAAUAUCUGGAUAAUCCUUGAACGGGGCUUUAUAUAAAAACUUAAACACCRUGUCAUUACAAGAAAAUAUUCUUAACUUAGAUAUUGAAUGUUAGUCCUUUGUCAAACUACUACUGAUCGGCUUAGCUUGCAUACUUCACAAGCUAGUCGAACCAUAGUGCAUUGUUAGUUCAUUCCGUUCUUUUGCAGUGCUUUUUAUUCUCGACUUAACUCUUGCGUAAGAGGCUCUUUGAAUACUWUAUUUGGUUCAGCUCUGUGAGCACUGCACGGCUCAUUCUUGUAUCCAGACCCUUCUCUCCAUUUUUCGCAGUUAGAAAGAUGAGAAGGUUUUGGGUACGAGAAUGUGUACAACAUUUCCCUGUUGCGACUGUCGUCUCGAUCAGCGGAUAGCAGUAAAAAAAGUGGUAAUUUGAAAACUGCUUAUAACUGUUCUUCGUUGCACAACAUAGUUAAAUUAAACUCUCGCAUGUUAUAGAAGCUAGAAAACCCCAAUUUCACUAAAAAAAWUUUGGCGUGGAUGGAGCCGGUUUUAGAGCUUGUUAGCGCAGAAGGCAGCGUGUUUUCAUAAUCUCAGCGAAGGUCGUGUUUGAUCCUCACGCGAACCAUUGUUUUCAUAUAAAUCCCGUUAUUUUACUGCACAGCUAUAGUGGUUUCACGGCAGCCAUCUUGCUGGGCUGAAAAAAUACACAGGGAGCCCAUUUUGAUAAAAGAUGGAAAGGAAAUCAGAAAAAAAUACUUUUUAAAUUUUUGGUAUUUAAGACCAAGGAAGUAGGGUUUUCCCCGCGGGCCCUUGCUGUUCAAUAAAUUCUCUACUACUACACGAGAAUAAUUUUAUUCUGGCCCCACAACAUGCCGGCCGUGAAACGGCGUGCUUGUUUUAUUUUGCUAAGCUUUAGCGCAUGCGCAGUGCGUGUGCUUUGAGUAUUGAUAAACAAUAAGUACGUCGAUUGAAAUAAGGAAAUCACCACCUUCUAUACAUCGGUUCAAAGGUCACACACCAAGCAUUAAAUAGAAGCUGCAAAGAAGUUUCAAAUGAUUAUUCAAAUUUGAACCUUGUGUACCCUCGGUUGAGUGCUGUGUGUUUGCGCAGUAACCCAACGUAUGGAAAAGUGGCGAAAAGACAUUUUUCGAGUUACCGCUGUGUUCCUUGAUUACAGGCUCACUUACUCAGGCUUAGCCUCGUAUCAGUGUCUAAAUAUUUCUAAAGUAAAGAAUGCACAACUUGAACAAUACAAACGCUUAGAAAUUCCAUGGACCUUCACUGGAACAUGAGGAUUACGUAAAAAGAAAAAGUCUGGUAGAAUACAUAACAUAUAUCCGUUAAGAAGUUCACUAACAAAAUUGUACAAAUUAGUGCAAAGUUUUGUAGGUCUACGGUCUAUACUGAGGCCUACCUAACUCACUAAUUCGUGCAAAUUCGUGCAGUUCGUUACGACGGAAGUUUUUUUCGGAGAUUUUGUAUGCACUCUAAGAAACAGUCUUUCUCAUUUAUGGUUCCAGCAUGUGCAGCCAAAACAAUACCAGUUUUAAAAUCCCAUAGACUUUUAAUGACAUCUGUGCAGACUCAUAAACGAGGCUUUGAAUGUGCAAAUGAGUCUGUCGUCUUGAACAGCGGUAUGCAUCGAAUGCUAAACUGGUGUAUUCCGUAAAUUAAAAGGCUAUAUAAAAAACAAUCACUUGAAUACAACAUAGUAAUUGAAAGUAUAAAAUGGAAUCAUUCUAACAAAUACAUAGAAAUUAGGAGACGGUAGUUUAUGCCUGAAUUUUCUUUAUUUAAGUUCACUUUAUUCACAAUGGAUAUUCAAAGCUUAUAGUAUAACUGUUUUAAUCUAAGGUUGCAUAAGAUCUGAUCCAUCUCUACUAUGUACAACAUGACCUGUAACAAACAAACAAUCCCCAAAUUUGUUUCAGUGAAAGUUAAGUUUGAAUUUUGAGUUUGUUUGAGUUGAGAGUUUUGUUUAAAG